UGAAUCAUGUCGACAGUUUUGACUAGACUCGAAGCGCAAACAUCGUUAAGUCGAUCUAAUGAAAAUUUGAUCGAUCCGAUGGUAGAAACAGAGAUGCUUAGCAUUAACGUACACGAAGAUGAGCGAACGCCAGUUUUUACUCAUGCCCCGGACUGUCUGAGAUCGAAUGGUCUACCGACAUGUACCUGCGAUGAACUGCCAAUCUUGGUUACUGCAGAACAUUCGCCUCUUAUAGCAUACCAAAACUACAGCGAAGGGGCCGAUGUUAGCUAUCUGACAGAUAUUCAUUGUCACGAAAGUAAACCUAUUUAUUCGAAUGCAAGGGCAAGGAAGAAACUGGUCAUAGCAAGCGUGGUUUGCCUGCUUUUCGUGAUCGCAGAGGUCGUUGGUGGUUUGCUUGCUGGCAGUCUUGCCAUCAUGACAGAUGCUGCCCAUAUGUUAUCUGACUUUGCAUCAUUUUUAAUCAGUCUUUUUGCUAUCUGGGUUGCUCGGUGGCUUCCAGAUAAGAGAAAGACCUUUGGCUAUUACAGAGCAGAGGUGCUUGGUGCUCUUGUGUCAGUUCUCAUCAUUUGGGUGUUAACAGGGGUGUUGGUGUACCUUGCUGUGAUAAGAGUCCUGUCAAAUGAUUUUAAAAUAAAUGCAGAUAUCAUGCUUAUUACAGCAGGCAUAGGAUUAGGAGUGAACAUCUUGCUUGGUAUUAUUCUCCAUCAGACAGGUAUUGGACAUAAUCACAGCCAUGGUGGUGGAGGUCACUCUCAUGACACCAGUCAUAGCCAUAAUGGAAAAUUUGAAACUGUUUCUACCAAUCGCAUUUCAAGAAGUGGAAGCUUGGCCUCUGAGAAACAAAACAUCAAUGUACGAGCUGCAUUUAUUCAUGUUUUAGGAGACAUUGUUCAGAGUGUGGGAGUCCUUAUUGCAGCAUACAUCAUCAAAUAUAAGCCUGAGUGGAAGCUUGCUGACCCUAUAUGCACAUUCCUUUUUUCUCUGUUGGUUCUUCUUACAACUCUAAACAUUCUCAAAGAGACAAUUCAUGUUUUGAUGGAAGGCACUCCUAAAGAUAUCAAGUACAAUAAUGUAAAGGUAUCACUGGAGGGCAUUGAAGGAGUUGUAGCUGCACACAGUUUACACAUCUGGUCUCUGACAGUGAACAAAGCUGCAUUAGCUGUCCAUUUGGCAAUAGAACAAGGAUAUGACUCACAGAAAGUCCUCAACAUUGCAAAUCAGAAGUUGAAGAACGAGUUCCGUAUUUACCACAGCACUAUUCAGGUAGAACUUUAUCAGGAAACUGUGAUGACCAACUGCUCUGAGUGUCAAGACUUGCAAGACUAAAUUUUCAGGAGUGGAUGAUGACAUGGUGUGAGUACUGGGCCCUUGUGUCACUUUUGGCCACUCCCAUUACGGUGAAAUCAGUAGUGUCAGUGGUCUUUUUCAAUAAAUUUGAAACUGUGCUUUAUAUUACCUGUUUCUGUAUAAUGAAUUGAAUUUAAAAGUCAUCACACUCAUACAAUUUGGUUAUUUUUACAAACAGUCAUUGAGUAUAUGUAGAAUUUAAGUAAAUGUCACUGAUUGUAAAGGUUGAGUUCAAUGAAGUCUCAUCUGUUGUGAUGAUCCAAAAUUCUAAGUAUUAAGUUAUUUUAAAGUAGCAUUGCAAUGAAUAACAGGAUUGGCCAUGGGUCAAAAUCACACAAUCAGUUUGUUUGUGUAACAUUGUGCAGUCAACCACCAAAAAAUAACCUCACCCAAACACUUGGGUGUUGAGAACUGUGUAGGAUUGAUAAACAGUAGAACCUUGUGGUCUUGCAAAUCUCUGAGCCAAUCCAGAAAGCAUUGGAAUCUAUGUUAUUAUUUAUUCUUUUGAUAACAGAUUUUUCUACUAAGAAAAACAAGGCAGAAAUUGAGCUAAGUUUGAGCAAUCAGUUCUGAUUUCAGUUUGCGUUUUGCUGGUACACUGAAAGGCUAUGCAAUAUUUCUUUCUUUAAAAGGUGUUUUAAAAUUUUGACAAAUUGAACUCUUCCUCUUACAAAUAAUCACAUAUUCUGAUGAUUUGAUACAUGGAUUCUCACAUUGUAACUAUUCAGGCUCUUGAAGAGCAGCAUGAACAAUGAUUGCAUGUAGUAAACACUAUUAGUUUUACUUUGUUGAAGUAACAAAUGACUUGUACACUUUGAUUUGUAUUAUAGCUAUAUGAUGUUUAUUUUAUACUUUGAUUCUCUGAUAUUAUUUCCUACAUUUUCAGUCAUAUAAUUAUAGCUAUAUGAUGUUUAUUUUAUACUUUGAUUCUCUGAUAUUAUUUCCUACAUUUUCAGUCAUAUAAUCAGAACAAUUGUUGAUCAGUUUUUCUGAUACCAUGUAAAUGAGUUUGUUCCCUUAACAUACUACUCCCACUAUGGAAAUUUCCCAAAUGCAGGGCUUUAACGCUGUGACCAGUUUGGUCACCAUAAUGAUUAGAAAAAAAAGAUUGGUGAUUAAAGAGUUGAACUUAAAGCUUGAAGUAUAGUGGAAUGAUGGGAUUUUUUCCCUAGAAAAUAUUGAAUUUUUAAUUUUUUUUCAGUUCUAACUUUGAGAGAAGCUUUAUGGUUUUUUUUUUUUAGGUACUGAAUCUUAAACUUAGGGACCAGUUAUUUACACGAAGUCCAACCCAAACCACAGUUUUAUGCAAUCAGUGUGCCUCAGGCUUUCUCUAAAAGAGGGCUAAUUUGAUUAAAUCAAUGCCCUUUCACUGUUAGCUUUUGGCCCUCUUGACUCUGUUUCGGAUAACAAAUGUUCACAUAAAAGAUUUUGCUAAAUUGAAGAUUAUUUAGGAGGCGGUUUUGUUAAACAGUGGCUAAACUUUUUGUGUAUAAUUGCCCUAAGUUGUUAGAUCAUGGUAAUUUAUUUCAGAUAUUGACAGAGACUAUAUUAUAUAACAAAAUCGAAUA